AGACGGGCCUGUAUUUACCGUGGCGCAGCGUGCUCGCGCGUACCUCGUUUUCUGGCGUCGUUCCUCUCGACGUGUCGUCGUCGUCGUUGUCGUCGUGGUCGUCGUGGUCGUCGUAUCUCGUCGUUCCUCGGUUCAUCGUCACACGGGGGCACAUGCGCCAUGAAACGGGCCUGACGCGCGUCCGGUCGUCCCCAUCGAAGGAGCACGAACUGAGAUCGAUCCCCGCGCUGUCGAUGCUCCAAGGACACCAGGACGGUGGUAGUAUUCGAGUGCAGGUGCGCGGACUAGCCGGGUGUUGCUUCGUCGCGUUCCUCCGACUACCUAGUGCUUUGUGAACCGUUCGCUCUGUUCCGACGAUGGAACCAGGAAUCCCGCGACAGGACUCCAGGACUGCGUCCAGUCGCCCCGACUCGCCGCGUCGUCCAUGAACCUGUCCGAAACGCUUCGAGCCUAGUGAUUGUGUAUCAGUGAGGGGUGUACUCUCGGUCCCGGGUUAACGUGACUGUCUGCUCGGUGCUUCCGUCCCUUUCUUCCGCGUCGUUGCAUCGAACCUACGAACCGGAAGUAGCCGCUGGAUCCCGCAGUGAUUCUUUUUCAGCGAGAUGUGCCCGUGAGGGCGCGCGUUACCCUCCUUUGCCAGACGACGAGCAGUUCUACCCGGGAUCCCCCCUUCGAUAUAACGAUCGGAUCGAGAUAAGGUCGAGCAAAAGUCGAGGAAGAGCCGCGAAGUUGCCAGUGACGUUCUUGAGUGCCGAAAAGUUGCCGGACCGAGGAAACUACGAGAGGGUGAAGCGAGCUGACGGUGGUGGAGGAAGAAGAGGAGGCAGAAGAAGGGAACCUGCGCAGCGGACGCCAUCUCCGCGUUAUCGGCAAGCGGAUCCCCCGGGACUCCCCCCCAAGCAGCUUCGGCGUCGCGCACCCUCGGCGGGAACUACCCCGCGACAGCAGCCACCCUGAUGGGAGUGUAUGAGGAGCGCGCCCCUCCUACCACCGGCAUGCACUGGCAGCCGGCCAGCUCGCAGGAGCGUGGCAGCGGCUUGGCUGUGGGGCGUCAAGGGGGGCCCGGCAGCGCGGGGGGGCCCGGAGCAGUGGACCAGGCGAGGGACCUAAGUCCCUGCCUCCCUGCGUCUAUGGGCGACGCUGCACGACCUACCACCUUACCGUGCAGUCCUCCUGCCGCCCACCAUCACGGGCCCCAUCAUACACCCCUGCAUCAGACCCACUGCGGCACCAACAACAACUGCUACGACGGACCUACCACCCCCUACGACUCUAGGGACUAUGAUUCUCCCGGAGGUGGCCAGGAAUACAGGAACAACAACAGCAACUUCGAGAACCCGAGCGACCUGAGCAUGCCUCCUCAAACGCACCACCACCAUCACCACCAUCACUCGCAUCUGCACCCGCAGACUCACUCGCAGGAGCAGCAGACCACGGAACACUUGCACGCCAUCCCGAAGCUGGAGCCGCCACCCACCCCGCCAGCGCAGUCCGAGGAUAUUCCGGGGGUGGUUUGCGCCGGAUGCGGCCUCCGGAUAUCCGACAGGUUUUACCUGCAAGCGGUGGACAGGCGGUGGCACGCGGCCUGCCUUCAGUGCUCGCACUGCCGUCAGGGCCUCGACGGCGAAGUCACCUGCUUCAGCAGGGACGGAAACAUUUACUGCAAGAAGGACUACUAUCGAAUGUUUGGCAGCAUGAAGAGAUGCGCCCGGUGUCACGCGGCAAUCCUCGCCUCGGAGCUGGUGAUGCGGGCCAGAGACCUGGUGUUCCACGUCCGCUGCUUCUCGUGCGCAGCCUGCGCGGUCCCGCUGACCAAGGGCGAUCACUUCGGGAUGAGGGAUGGCGCGGUGCUCUGUCGGUUGCACUACGAGAUGGGCGCGGAGCUGCAUCCGUCCCAGAGUCCUCCGGUUCCGGUUUACCCGCCCGGUCCGCACUAUCCCGGCCAGCCGUUCCCCUCGCCGGAAUUCCUUCACCAUCAUCAUCAUCAUCCCUCCCAUCCGCCGCACCCGCACCACUCGAUGCACCCGCAGCAUCCCCACAGCCACGUGAGCCCGGUACCGCUUCAGCCGUCGACGCCAUCCGCGCCUGACGCGGGCUCACCACCCAAGGUACCGUACUUCAAUGGCGCCGCCGUCGUGCCGCCGCCCAGACAGAAGGGAAGGCCAAGGAAGAGGAAGCCCAAGGAUCUCGAGGCUAUGACCGCCAACAUAGGAGGAUGGUUUAUGGCUGCCAGUGGCUGUUCUCGGAAGCCACCGAUGGUUUACGAGUCUCCUCAGGGCACGGUGGGGAUGUUUGGUGCGGUGGAACUGUACGCGGAAUCGGUCGUGUCGCGAUUUCCUGGAAAACACGGUGGCAGAGAAGCGCUCGCAUGGUCGGCGAGAUGGCGCGUCUGGUUCCAGAACGCCCGCGCAAAAUGGCGGCGCAUGGUGCUGAAGCAGGAGGGGAAGUCGGACAAGUGCGACGGCAGCGUGGACGGCGGUUCCCUUGGCGACCUUGAGCUUUAUGGCAACAGCACCGGAAGCGGUGGUCCGCCGAUGAGCCCUCCAUUCAUGCUGGGCGGGCCGCACAGUCCCGCUUCCUUGGCGUCCUUGGACUGCGCGUGAUCCCCGAAAUUCCGUUUCCGGGACAGGCCGAGCGAGCGAUUCGCGAGACGCUCGUCGUCUUCGGCGUCGUCGUCGUCGGCGUCGCUGUCGGCGUCGUCGUCGUUCGCGUGGCCGAGGAUACGCGGGCUCGAUGCCACGGCGCGUAACGAUGGACUGUUGUUUCGCUCGGUUUCCGUUGUCCUCGACGUCGCGACGCCGCGCUGCUGUGAAUAAUUUAUACGUCGAUGCAAGCGACGCCUGGCGUUCGCGAGAGCGAACGGGAAGCUUACUCGAGACGGCAGCAGGAAGCUUUCCCGUCGCCGCGGUUCUCGGCGAACCGUUUUCCGCGCGAUCGACACGCGUCGACGCGAGCGCCAACUGGCUCCUCGUCGUCGGAUGGCUGCCUCCGCGUCAUUCGGCGCGGUUCCAAUCGCGAGAAACGAGUGGAAGGGUAAGGAAUAGGAUCACCACGGAGGGGAAGAGACGAGGACGGCUGCACCAUAGCUGAGGAUCGAUUAGUCGAAGGACGCGAGGGCGUUGUAUUUAUUUGUAAGCGAGACGCGUGGCGACGACGGAUCGAUCCACGACGGAUCAUCGUCGAAACGUCG